GUCGUAGUGCAUUUCUAGCCAACUGUGAUAAAUAAUAUCGAAGAAAUGAUGAAGACUGAUGAAGAACAAAUAACGGAUACUAAUACUGAUAAGACAGAAACAACUGUAGCUUUAGUGACGUCAAAAGUCAAAGUGUUGUCCAUUGGAAGUCAGGAAGAAUACUUGAAGCCAGAAAAGCCGAUGGAAACUGAAUUUGAUAAACAAAUCUUUUAUGAUGAAUGUAGGAAGCAUUUUGGUCAACUCUUACUGGGUAGUAAAACGCCCCUUGCGUCCAAUAAUUGGUUUGUAAUGGAUUUGUUCGAAAUGAAAAAAAUUGAGGAAGACAAUCAACCCAGACGAUAUCAGUUUAAGUGUUAUAUUGGUGGUUCCCCGGGUAAGUAUGUGGAGCAUGGCGUAUUCGGCCAGACCCUGUAUGCCGACGAAGUAAUGCACGAAUUGAGAAGCCGCCUGAAAGACAAAAAGUGGAUAUCGAAGAAUACAUUGGUAUUGCCAAGGAGAACGGAUCUUACUCGGUCGACCUAUCGCUUUGCAGACGAAUACUACAUUCACAAUAUGAUUGUUGGCAUCAUCCAAGAACAGAAAUUCAAAAUAUUUAAGUUUUUGCUGUAUUUACACCAAGAAUAUGUACGUGAAAGGAUUAAGAAUAGAUUUUAAGAACCGUAAAAUAAUUUUC